CUCUCUCUCCUCUCACCUGUCUGUCUCUCUCGUCCUCCUCACUCAGACCUCUCCGCACCCCCGCGCCAAUGGCCGAUUCGCCAAACCCUAGCUCCGGGGGCUCGCCGGAGAAGCCGGUCCUGACGGAUCGGCGCGUGGCGGCGCUCGCAGGCGCGGGCGCCGGCGCGAGGUACAAGGCCAUGUCCCCCGCGCGGCUGCCGAUCUCGCGGGAGCCCUGUCUCACCAUCCCCGCCGGGUUCAGCCCCGGCGCCCUCCUCGAGUCCCCCGUCCUCCUCAACAACUUCAAGGUUGAACCCUCUCCGACAACUGGUACUCUGAGCAUGGCUGCGAUCAUCAACAAGAGCACCCAUCUGGACAUACUGCCUUCACCUCGGGACAAAUCAACUGGCAGUGGCCAUGAAGAUGGGGAUUCUCGGGAUUUUGAAUUCAAGCCUCAUCUCAGUUGUCAGCCAGCGGGUCCUGCUGUCAACAAUCCAAAUCAUCAUGACACUUCUAUGCAAAAUCAUACCUCAUCAUCUAGCAAUUUGAUGACUGAAAAUAAAUCUCUCUGCUCACGGGAGUCGAUUCAUCAGACAGCAAAUAUUUCAAGUGUUCUAAAUCAACCUGUUGCAAUAGUUGGUCCAUCUGACAACAUGCCUGCUGAAGUCAGUACAUCAGAGAGGAACCAGAUGAAUAGUUCUGAGAAUGCUGCCCAGGAGACACAAACUGAAAAUGUAGCUGAAAAAUCUGCUGAGGAUGGCUAUAACUGGCGUAAAUAUGGACAGAAGCAUGUCAAGGGAAGUGAAAACCCUAGAAGUUAUUACAAGUGCACACAUCCUAAUUGUGAAGUUAAAAAGCUAUUAGAGCGUUCGCUUGAUGGUCAGAUUACUGAAGUUGUUUAUAAAGGGCGUCAUAAUCAUCCUAAGCCCCAACCUAAUAGGAGGUUAGCUGCUGGUGCAGUUCCUUCAAACCAAGGUGAAGAAAGAUAUGAUGGUGCGACACCAGUUGAAGACAAGCCUUCAAAUAUUUAUCCCAACCUCUGUAAUCAAGUACAUUCAGCUGGCAUGAUUGAUCCUGUUCCGGGUCCAGCUAGUGAUGACGACGGUGAUGGCGGAGGUGGAAGACCCUACCCUGGGGAUGAUGCUAACGAGGAUGAUGAUUUGGAUUCAAAACGCAGGAAAAUGGAGUCCGCUGGCAUCGAUGCUGCUUUGAUGGGUAAACCAAAUCGUGAGCCCCGAGUUGUUGUACAAACUGUUAGUGAAGUUGAUAUCUUGGAUGAUGGAUAUCGCUGGCGCAAGUAUGGGCAGAAAGUAGUAAAAGGAAACCCCAAUCCACGGAGUUACUAUAAGUGCACACAUACAGGAUGUCCGGUCAGGAAGCAUGUUGAAAGAGCAUCGCAUGACCCAAAGUCAGUGAUCACAACAUAUGAAGGAAAACAUAACCAUGAAGUCCCAGCUUCCAGGAAUGCAAGUCAUGAGAUGUCUGCAGCUCCCAUGAAGCCUGCUGGGCAUCCUAUUAACAGCAGCAUGCCGGGCCUUGGUGGCAUGAUGAGAGCAUGCGAUGCCAGGGCCUUCACCAAUCAAUAUUCUCAGGCAGCUGAAAGUGACACCAUCAGUCUUGACCUCGGUGUUGGAAUCAGCCCGAACCAUAGCGAUGCAACAAACCAAAUGCAGCCUUCAGUUCCAGAACCAAUGCAGUAUCAAAUGCAACACAUGGCUCCUGUGUACGGUAGCAUGGGAUUUCCAGGAAUGCCAGUGCCAACAGUACCUGGAAAUGCAGCUAGCAGUGCGUACGGAUCCAGAGAAGAAAAAGGAAAUGAAGGAUUUACUUUCAAAGCCGCACCGUUGGAUCGUUCAGCUAACUUGUGUUACAGUAGUGCUGGUAACUUAGUGAUGGGUCCAUGAUGUCUUAGCUGAUGGUUAUACCUCCAUGAAUCACAUAUUACCGUCAUCAUGAAAAUCCCUUCAGGUGAUGCUCUACUGUGCAUCAUUCACACAUAAUUGAAUCAGAGGCGGUCAAGGUAUACCUACUGCAGCUAUAGCAGGAGAUCUUUGGCUGUUAGGAUGUACUCUAUGUGAUGCUGCAGCUCAACAUUCCUUGUACAGCAAACCAGUUAUGAUUAAUUAGAUUAUGAUAAUUUGGCUAUGUAAACUUCUUUCUGUACUGGAAUAUGGGAUAGAACCAAAGAGCUAUCCGGUGGCAAAAACUUGUUAUCUUCUCCAUAUGAACGAUGCCAGUUUGAUA